AUGCCACCUACCACCGCACAAGCCAUAGAGCUACACUGUCUGAGCGCCAAGCGGAUACGGAUGCAGUCGUCUUCUGACGACCCAGAUUUGCGACAAGUCAUUGCACAUGCACGCCUCUACGUCGAAACACAAAGAUCGCUGCUUGAAAAAGCUGCAUCACCAAGGCCGCGGGCACCAACAUCGCCGCCACCACCUCCGCCGCCACGGCGAAGAGCCUCGAAGACGUACGAGACUGCCGCUGUGGAAGCUCAGCAGGAGCACGCGGACUCAGCUUCGUCGAGCGACGAGGAAGACGAUGUCUUCCCACGUCACGACGGGUCACCUUGCACGACUGCCGAAGCAGUCGAAAUCACAGAUGCGGGUGAGGUUUCACCUACCGACAGUAGUGGACGUUUUGAACCCACGACAUCAUAUUGGAAGGGGUCAGAGUCAGUGUCGACGAGGGAGCGCUCGGCUUCCACCGUAUCGGUGGAGGAAGUUCUCCCAUUCUGA